CUCAUCGCCCUCAUAGUGGAGCAGCUCAAGAGCCGUGGCCUGUUCGAUAGCUUCCGCCGGGACUGUCUGGCCGACGUGGACACCAAGCCAGCUUACCAGAACCUGAGGCAAAAAGUGGAUAAUUUUGUGUCAACACAUCUGGACAAACAGGAAUGGAAUCCUACAAUGAACAAGAACCAGUUGCGAAAUGGGCUGAGGCAGAGCGUGGUCCAGUCAGGCAUGUUGGAAGCAGGAGUAGACAGGAUCAUUUCUCAGGUGGUGGACCCCAAACUAAAUCACAUCUUCAGGCCACAGAUAGAGCGAGCAAUCCACGAGUUCCUGGCAGCCCAGAAAAAAGAAGCUAUGCCAGCUCCCCCUCCAGAACCUGAAAGCCAGGAUCCUCCAGCGCCAUCCCAAGACACUUCUUAAGAAUAUGCCUGAUACCUUUGGAAAACUCCAUUUAAUGAAGAAACGAAAUGGAUUCCUGAUUCAUAUGAAUAUAACUUGAGUCGACCAUGUCACUAUACUGAUGUCAAGAUUUUGGCCUUGACUGGGGUGGUGUACACAUUCUAUGGAAAGCUCAUGCAUUGUGCCACCUUUGACCAGCCUGUCCGAGGGUCUGACCACAGUAGACACUACAGAGGUUUAAGCACUACAUGACCUGGGCUAUCCUGAACAAACCUCUACACUUGAACACAGACCCUGCAUGUGGAUGUUAGCGCUUGUGCUCUGCAGUAUGCAGAAGCCAGGCUGCAGCAAGCCGGUCAGGACAGCAAAGGGCAAUGGGAGCAGCUGAUAUUGUUGCUAGAGUUACAGGCUGGAAUGCGCAGCAGUUAGCGUCAGUAGCCCUAAGGUUGUUGUGACCUCCUUGUGCUUGGAGAUUUUAGUGGUUUUCUUUCUCUUGUCAGAGGUAGCUUGGAGCCCUGGAGUGAGUGAGUUAAGUUGAGACUUGGGGACAAGGAAAGCCCCACUGUCUCUGUCCUAGCGUCUCACUAGCCGCAGGGGCAAGCGAGUCACUCUGGAUGUGGUGCUCAGUUCUCAUGUUUGUUUUUAGAAGAACAACCGUUAAUAAAUAGCAGAUGUUUUACAAUAAAGUCAUUUGAUGAUCUUU